GGUCCGGAGGCUCGCAGCGUUCCAGGCUGUCGACAUGUCUAUGCUGGCUGAGCAUCAGAGGAAGCAGAAGUGGGCUGUGGAUCCAAGAAACACUGCGUGGAGCAAUGAUGAUUCCAAGUUUGGCCAGAGGAUGCUAGAAAAAAUGGGGUGGUCUAAAGGAAAGGGUUUAGGGGCUCAGGAGCAAGGAGCAACAGAUCAUAUUAAAGUUCAAGUUAAAAAUAACCACCUGGGACUUGGAGCUACAAUCAAUAAUGAAGAUAACUGGAUUGCUCAUCAGGAUGAUUUUAACCAGCUUUUGGCUGACCUGAACACUUGCCAUGGGCAGGAAACAACAGAUUCCUCACACAACAAAGAGAAGAAAACUUUCAGCCUCGAAGAAAAGUCCAAAAUCUCCAAAAACAGUGUUCAUUAUAUGAAAUUCACAAAAGGGAAUGAUCUAUCAUGUCGGAGCAAAACAGAUCUUGACUGCAUUUUUGGAAAAAGACAGAGUAAGAAGAUUCCUGAGGAUGAUUCCAGCCCUGCCACUCCAGAUGGGAACUCAUCCUCCACUACAACGACCAGUGCCUUCACCAUCCAGGAGUACUUUGCCAAGAGGAAGGCAGAGCUAAAGAACAAGCCACAGGUCAUAGCAGCAGGGCCUGACUUUGCAGAGACCCAAACGGAAAGAAAAAAUGGAAAGAAAAGAAAGAAAGAGGCAAAAGAUAGAAAAGUGGAGAUAUACACCGUACCCAAGGCCAAGAAGAAGAGACACCAAGUUGAGUGGCAGCUUGGAGACCCUUGUUGGGACAAGAAUUCUGGUGUUUCUGCUGAAAAUGGAGAAGAUUGUGUGUGGCCACCUCAUGUCCAGGACAUUACCCUAAAGUCCAAGAAAAGGAGAGAAAAGAAAAACCAAGUUGAAGUAGCUAUGGACGCUACAUUACAUGACACACCUGUGAAGAAGAAGAAGAAAAAGAAGAAAGGUUCCAAAUAAAUUCUCUCGAGCUGGGGCCUUCCAGCCACUAAAGCUGUCGGGCCCUGUGUGCAAACCCUUUUGGAUUGAAGUCAGAGCAGAGUUCACCCGAGAGAGUUUGUGCACAUCUUUUGACAUGCCCGGGGGGUUGCUGAGUCUCGCCCUCUUACCACAGUUUUCCUACCACAUCUCUG